GGCCGGCCCGGCGCGGCGAGGCCGAGGCGCUCCGGGCCCUUUUUCAAACCCAGCGGUAGCGGGGCCGCGGCCCGGCCACGAAAUGGCGGAGAACGACAAGCCCGAGGCUGCCGCCGCCGCACCACAGCGCGGAGCCCAGGAGGCCGCCACCGCCGCCGGCCAUCCGCUGCCACAACAACAGCAGCCACAGCCGCCGCCGCAGCAACAGCCGCCACAACAGACGCCGCAGAAUGAGGAGGCGGCAGCGACCGCAACCGGGAGCGGCGGGGGCAGCGCUAAUGGCGUCAAAAUGGAUAAUGAUGAGACAGCAAAAGAAGAGAAAGCACCUGUGAAAGAGAAGUACGUUGCAAAACCAAAGGCAAUCCCUUCUCUUGGAAACAAGAAUAGAUUCCACCCCUAUUCAAAGGACAAGAAUGCAGGCAGUGGAGAGAAGAAGGCUAUAAAUCGUAAUAGAGUUUUUAUUAGCAACAUCCCAUAUGACAUGAAGUGGCAAGCUAUUAAAGAUCUUAUGAGAGAGAAAGUUGGUGAGGUUACAUACGUGGAGCUGUUUAAGGAUGCUGAAGGAAAAUCAAGGGGUUGUGGUGUGGUUGAAUUCAAAGAUGAAGAAUUUGUUAAGAAAGCACUAGAAACUAUGAACAAAUAUGAUCUCAGUGGAAGACCGCUGAAUAUUAAAGAGGAUCCUGAAGGUGAACAUGCUCGUAGGGCAUUACAGCGUGGAGGAGGACAGUUUCCUGGAGGACAUGGACCUGAUGUGGCACCUGGCAUAAUGAAUUUACCACCCUCUAUUCUUAAUAAUCCAAACAUUCCUCCUGAGGUUAUCAGUAACUUGCAGGCAGGCAGGCUUGGGUCCACUAUUUUUGUUGCUAAUCUUGACUUUAAAGUUGGCUGGAAGAAACUGAAGGAGGUGUUCAGCAUUGCUGGAACUGUGAAGCGUGCAGACAUCAAAGAAGAUAAAGACGGCAAGAGUCGAGGAAUGGGAACUGUUACUUUUGAACAAGCAAUUGAAGCUGUUCAAGCAAUUUCUAUGUUCAAUGGACAGUUCCUGUUUGAUAGACCCAUGCAUGUAAAAAUGGAUGACAAAUCAGUCCCUCAUGAAGAUUUCCGUGUUGCAGACAGCAAAACUUCACAGUUACCUCGUGGUCUUGGUGGCAUUGGUAUGGGACUUGGACCAGGUGGACAGCCCAUCAGUGCAACACAGUUGAGCAUGGGUGGUGGAAUGGGGAGCAUGGGCCCAGGAGGUAUGGGAAUGGACGGCCCAGGAUUUGGAGGAAUGAACAGAAUGGGAGGCGGAAUGCCUAAUAUUGGAGGAUUUGGAGUCAACCGAAUGGGAGAAAUGUUCCGUGGUGGAAUGGGAGGAAACAUGGAAAGAGAUUUUGGUCGGAGUGACAUGGGAUUGAACCGUGGCUUUGGAGAUUCUUUUGGAAGGAUGGGUGGUGGAAUAGGUGGCAUGAACAAUAUGCCUGGAGGAAUGGGAAUGGGAAUGGAUCGGAUGAGUUCUGGUUUUGAUCGAAUGGGCCCAGGUAUGGGUGGAGGCAUGGACAGGAACAUGGAUAUUGACCGAGGCUUUGUGCCUGGCCCCAUGGCAGGUGGCAUGAGAGAGAGAUUAGCUUCUAAAGGCAACCAGAUAUUUGUGAGAAAUCUUCCUUUUGACUUGACCUGGCAGAAGUUAAAAGAGAAAUUCAGUCAGUGUGGUCAUGUAAUGUUUGCAGAAAUAAAAAUGGAGAAUGGAAAAUCAAAGGGCUGUGGAACAGUCAGAUUUGACUCACCAGAAUCUGCUGAAAAGGCCUGUAGGAUAAUGAACGGCAUAAAAAUCAGUGGCAGAGAAAUUGAUGUACGCUUGGAUCGCAAUGCAUAAUUUAAAACUGUGUUCAGGAACAUUCCUAUGUCUAUUUAGCUUCUCUAUCCUAGUAAGUCAUUUUUAGUAACAUUGUAUGCUUACAAAAGCUGUAAAAAGGAACUUUUAAAUCCCACCAGCCUUUAACAGUAUAGUGUUUAAUAUACUGUGAUACUUGUUAACUGAAUCUUACUAUGUUUGGUUUUUAAAGACAAUUUGCCUGAUUUUUGUUAUUUUUUUUAGAGGCACUGAGCACCUGCAGGUCCCUGUAGACCAUGGAAGAUUUGGAUGCUCAGCGCCUUUGGAAAAUUAGGCCAAGUGUCUCUAGUCAUUCAGUUUAAAUGAAUGGUUAUACUGUUUUUAAUAAAAUAAGCCAUUUUCUUUGUUAAUCUCAAGAUUGCAUAGUGGGAUUUGUUUAGUGUUUUCUGAUCUUUAUUUUUUCCCCCAGCGUGUAUCAACAUUGUAAUGUAAAAACUAGAUGUCUCUUUUUUCAGAAUUUUGGUUUUAUAUGUGUGUUGUAGUCAUAUUGUAAUUCUUGACUCUAAAAGAAAGGGCUCCAAUUAGGUUGUGAUGUUUUUGUUCUACUUACUAUUACUUUAAUGACAUGACUUAGUUCUGUAAAUAAGAUUUAGAGCCCAAAGGGAGUUUUGAAUAUUUUUUUUAUUUGACUAAAUGAAGAAACUGAUCUUUCUCUUCUGCUUUCAUUUUUUUUUCAUCAGUAUAAUCACUGAUUAAAACUAGUUACCACACACCCUUGUAGGAUUGUUCCCUAUGAUUCCAAGUUCAUAUAAAAUCGAUAAUGUAGUAAAUACUAAGUACAGUGCAAGACAAACUGCUCCCAACUUUUUAUCUAUUUUCCAGCCAUUUAGGUGAACUGACAGAAGAAUAAAAGCAACAGAACAGAUUAGAGAAAUGGCUGUAUAUGUCAAACCACUGCUGUUCACUUCUAUGGGUCCUGAUGUAUUUAUGAAGGCAGUUCUUAUAAACCAGGGUAUUCCCAAGCACAGCAUAUCAAAUACGUUGGAUCCUACAAUGUUAGACAUAGCCAUAUCUCCAUUUCCUGUAAAAGAAGAAAUACAAAUAAGUCUGAUUAAAUAUAUUGUAUGAAAUUGCCAAACUGUUUUGGAGGAACAGACUGUCAGCCCUCAGUUUCUCACAGUGCACCAUUUUCAGACUUUUCAUUGAAAGAACUAUUGUGAUAAUUCUACAGAACAUAGUUUUGGGUACCACAAGAAUAAAAAAAAGUCUCCCUAAAUCACCAGCAUCUGCACAGUUGCACUUAAAAUAAAGCUAGACAGGCUGUUACAAAAUCCAUAAUACCAACACCUACAGUUGUGUUUUGCAGUAAAACUCUUAACAAUUGAUCAACAGCAAAUCAAAUCAAUCUAGAAUACUUCUCUAAGAUACUCUGAGAGGUUUUUAAAUGUCUGAGCCACAUAUUCUUUUCAGGUAAGCUAUUUAUUUAUUAUUAGUAAACUUAAGCUGUAGAAUCUGGCGUAAAAAUUUUGAAGGGACUUCUUGAAUUUCUGGAAACGUUGACUAGACUUCUUUUUUCAUAAUACCUUUUAAACACAUCCUUUUGAAUGAACCUGAAUUCUAAAAUCUUUACCUUUUUGAGCCACCAGCACACUUGCAAUUGUAUCUGGUACACUUGUUCCUGCUGCUAGUAAUGUGAGACCCAUUACUGACUCUGGAAUCCCCAGUGUGUCACCUGCAGUUGAUAAAUGACAAUAGAAAAUGCAAGUCUCUUUUUAGUUUGUUUCAUCUAAAGAAAUUGCUUUGGACUUUGCCAGAGAGAGGAUUAGUAAUCAUACAGUAAUUUCAAAAGGAAUCUGUCAGCUGACUUGGCUAACUAUAAGGUGACUGAACCAGAAAGUAGUUAAAAACAAGAACAACAUAAAAAUACCAUCUUGUGCUGCUUCUUCAAUCAAAUGAAUAGGGAACUGUAAGUACAGUAACCAUCUUACUUAACAAGUUUCUCAGACACCUGAGUGGAAUAUCUCCAGUGGUCAAGACCAGAAAUUAAUUUCUUCUGUCUGAUAGAGUGAAAGCUUAAAUAUCUAACAUUUUACUUGUGGGGUUUUUUCCCCCUCAACUUUAGGAAAGAUACAAUAGACUUCUAUGGUUUAGGGCAUCUGAUUGUUGAUGCUCAAAAGUCUCAUGAAGCAAUAACUCAUAACCAUCCUCUUUAAAGGGGGAGGAAAAAAAGCACAUGAAUUGUCUUGGGGAGAAAGGUCAUGAAGAUCAUUACUGCAGUACUGUCCCAACUACAUGGCUUUACCACUUCGUUCCAAUUAGAAAGUUCUUCUGUUGGAUUUGUAAGACUCAAAAUGCAGAAUUUUUACAAGUGCAGGUAAUCCUUUAGGUACUUUCUGCUUUAAAUUAAGAAGUCUUACAUUGUUAGUAAAACAGCAGCUUACUUUCCACUACUAUUUUUUUUCUUUUUUUUUUUUUUUUUUUCCAUGUAUACUGUAAGCAAUUAAUUUCUUAAAAUAGAGGGAUUCAGAUCUUAAAGACUUUUGCAAUAGUUGUACCAUUCACAGGCAUUACUAUGCUGAAGUAAUUAAUACCUCUGUUCAAACUAUAAGUAAUUUGUUUUUUUCAAACUUUUUUACUCACUAAGAAGUACUUUUUUUUUUUUCUUUUUUUUUUUUUUAAGUCUGAAUUCCUACUUGCAAUAUUUGGACACUGGUAAGUCUUCUUAAAAUAAUAAAUACAUUGGCUUAGUGUAGAUCAGCCCAGUAAAUUUAUGUUGAAAGCUAUUUGUUGGUUCAGAGGGAUUAACAUGAUCCUGUUGCAGAGUUUGUACUGGUAUUCUUUCAUCACUCCUAAUGUAAAAUUUGUAGCAUGUGGGACCAGUAAGAUCAACUUCUAUAGGCAAUCCAGGCUGGAAAACACUGGUUCAUGCCAAGCAAACCAGGGUGAGAGAUGAAGGAACCAGCCUCAUGUACCCAACAGUAGUUUCUGGCUUUCUGAACAUUACAAGACAGAAUCUAAACUCAGGUGAAUCUACUAUUUAAUGUGUAGGAAUUUUUCCUGCAACUGACCAUAAAGAGAGAAUGGUCUUAUUUUUCUAGCCUUAGUUAAUUUUGUGUAUCAGUAGCAAUACAUUGCUAUAAGUAGUCAAAUUUUCUUUGCAAGCAGCAAAACAUAUUCCAAGUUAGGUUUGUUCUUGACCAUCAAAAUUUAGUCCCUAGCUAGGAGACCUUUGUGACAUUCUGAUAGGCUGUUUAUGCAGUGAUAGAACCUUCGAGUCACCUGUCAUGAAGGAACCUGGACAUGUGUAAUUUUUAGCAUUUUGAUGUGUAAAUAGAACAUAUUUGACCUAGAAGUAGUGGAUCAAAAACCUCAACACUGCUUGAGAUGACUCUUAAAAACAGAGUAACACUAAUACACAUUUGACUCUCUGUGUACCCACUUUCAUAUGAAUUAAUGCUCUGUCUAGUGGAACAGCAAUAACUUUCAUUUGGAUCCUGUUUCAAAAGCUUUUAGCAUUCAGACAGUACCCUUGCUCUUUAGAUACAAGUGAAAAAUCAUUUGACCAAGGAGAGAACUUGGUGGGUGUUAUAUCCAGUGAUCUACUAGUAAUUGCUGAAAGAUUUACCAAAUGUGUACGUCUGUUUCUGCACUGAACAAGGAGUUAUUCAUUGAACUUAAGUUGAAAACAAGUUUAGGAUGCUGAACUAGCAGAAUACUUAAGUAGGAUUAGUGAGCUAUAAUGUGGAAAUGGCAAAUUUUGUAGCCUUUCUUGUUUAAAGAAUUGUUUUCUGCAUGUUCUUAAAAUUAAAAACUGGAUUUUUCUCAAGCUGACUGGAAAAACAGUAAAAUGAGAAGACCUUUAACACCUUAAAAUAUUGUAUAUAGUAUUUUUAGGCAGAAGUUCAUACCCCUUCUCUCAUGUAAAUGCAAUUUUUUUACUUUUUCACUUCAUGAUGCAGAUUUGUAAGAGGUAUAGGUACAUACAUACACCCCAAAAAUGUUUAAUAAAAUAUGAUGCUAUAGUAGAAAUAAACCAGUAAAAUUUCAGAGUUGUUUUUGGCAGACAAUAGUAUAUCUCCUACUGUAGAAGAAGAUAGGUAUAGAAAUACAGUGGAUCUUUUACAGAACCCUGAAUCUUUAAUUCCAGUCUUGGGGGAUUCCAUGUUUGUCAGACUUCAUCUUGGCAAAUUUAUUGCUGUGUAUAUGUAAUUGUUUAAUUUCAUGAAGCAGCUCAACAAAACUUUCUUUUUAACUACAGGCUGGGGUUUUUUGUAGGUAAGUAAACACAUUCUCAUUCAUGUAAUGGUAAUGAGUCUGAAGCUGCUAAAGUUUUAAGUGGUUUUCAUUAGAUGGAAGAAAGUAGCAAACUAAGCAAGUUAAGCAAACUAAGUUAAAAAUAAGGGUUUUUUUGUUGAGGUUUUUUUUUUGCAUUUUUUCUGCAGCAAAGUAUCUGUUGCUAAACUAGACUGUUAAUUGUAGAAGACUCUUCACAGGGAGAAAACUGUUUUUUCAGUGAUUCUCAGUUGGUUGAUUCUGUAUAGCAGCAGCACUUCAGGGACCUACCUGCUAUUGUUAUCAUCCAUACAAGAACAUAAGUUAUUGCAGAAAUCCAUGCUGCUGAAAUGAAAAAUGUCACCAUGAACCAGUUCCUCCAAACCUGUCUUCUGCAAUCUGGUAUAGUCAGAUAGAGUAGUGUAGUAAUAGGAAGGGAUAACACCCACAAAAUUCUCUUCAUAUCUGCUUCAGGCAUGGUGAAGACACUUUGAUGAUCUGUUGAUGAAUCCAUAGCAUACAGUCAUAUUACUGGCCUCUGAGAGAAUACUCAAAGUAAAAAAUACUUCCUCAAGUUCUAGUGGCUCUUACCCACAUCACACUGGAAAAAAUUCUGAAAUCAGAUUUUCUUUAUUACCAUCUCAGGAGGAGACAACAUGGGCCAUUGUCAUAAAACCCCAGUGUGUCUUUUCCAGCUGAUGCUGCAUUUUACAGGCAGUGUUGCUGGGAAGUUUCAAAUGUGCCCAGCCAAGACUAAUGGAAGUCUGCUGUUUUAGGAUGAGACAAAUCAGCAACUCUCCUGGCAUUCCUCUAGCAACUAACUUCAUAUAAAUGUUCAUAUAAAUGUUACCACUACAAAUUUGCUUUAUGGUAUAUUCCAGGGAAGAGUAAUUAUUUACUCUAAAUACUAUACUGAAGUUCUGUUGUGAACAAAAUCUUAGUAAUACCUCAAAAUCUACUCUUAUUAGAACUGAUGAAGACAGAGACAACCAUAAUAAUACUUAUAAUAAUACCUUGAGUGUUUUCAUCAAGCCUCCCACGUAAGCUUGUUGAAAGUUGAGAGUAGUCUGUCUCAUCUUGAAAAAUUCCACUGUCUUUUCUUGACUGGUGGCAAAUUACAGGUCCACCCUCUUCCCUCUGUCCAACCAGUGCCUGCUGCUCAGCAUCUUCCAUAGCUUUUGUGAAGUAUGUACAGCAGGGACUGAACUUUUCCAUGAGGUAUUGGUUGAUUUUAAUGUCAAAACUUAGUACCAGAAUAUAACACCCGUAUACCAAUAAUAAUGAUGCACUUUCAUACCUAGGAUGAAAAAUAGAUUUUUACAUAUAACACCCCCCCACACACACUCUUCAACUUGUUAAAAUGGGUAGUGAAAAGUGAGAGAAAAUUUGCAUGAGUAACAAAAGGAAAAAUUAUCUGUCUGUGGCUGUAUGGCUGGUGUCAUAGAAGUUCAUAAGUGUCUCCAUCUCUUUCAGCAGUUUGAUUCAUUCCCCUCCCCUGCAAAAUCUUAUGUGUGUACCGUAUAGCUGCAUGUUUUCCAGGAUGUCUUACAGAUUGAGCAUCUUACUGAUAUGUGCAAAAUUGAGUCUUCAUGUGGUUAAAGAGAGGAGGAACAGAAUGUGCUAUUUUGAGUUACACAUUUCAGAGACUGAGUGUUGGAUGUCACUGACUUGAGGCAACAGGAGUUUCAUUGUUGAUGGAAGAAAGCUGAAACAUCAGAAGCGCAUUAUCUGCUUCUGGCAGACAAAUUUUUUAACAGUGAUGCUAUUAAAGCACAGUUUACUCUUUUUGAGCCUUUGAAGACUAAAUGUUACACCACAACAGUUAUGAUAGAAAUUUUAAAGUCUGUACAGACAAACCUAGGCAGAUCAAACUUCAUAACUAUGCAGAGUUUGAAUGUUUAGGUAAUAAUCUUUACAAACAUAGUGACUUACUGUUUUUUUAAAGUCAACAGGAUGUUUAUUUCUUCCAUUAAUGGCAGUUCAGGCUACUUAAAGUUUGGAGUUUGGGUUAGCUGGCUGUUUUUUUGACACACUGUUUCACUAAUCUCCAGUCAAUGUUAAUUCAAAGCUACUUGUGCUCUUACCAGUAAAUUAGGUUGUCAGAUAUCAUCGCCAGGACCACUGCUACACUAACUGUGUAUGCCAGACAGUCUCUAAACAGCGGCCAGCAGGAUAGCCUCGAAACCUGCAGAUCACAGAGUCAUUUACUUUUCUUCAAUUUGUCUGUAAUACUUUCACUAAGUGCUGUAAAUGCUGCAUCACUAUGUUGUUUCUAUAUUAUGUAAAAAGUUAAGAUUCUUAGGAAUGACUUGAGUACAAUAUUUAACGAGUUAGUGUUUUUAAAAACUUUCAUAGCAAGUUAUCUUAAAACUGAUUACAUGCUGGUUUUGCUACUAAAUAAUAAACUUGACAGUUGUCAUA